UUCGCGACGAAACAAGUUUACCGAUUGGCACGGAUUACUUACCGGCAACCGCACGGCAUGGACGGUUACGCAAGAACGAGAUACAUUUUUGUGCUAUUUUUAUGCCUGGGCUGCUGUUAUGCAUUGCCUCGUGUGAUAUUAUCGAACAAUAGACGGAAUUUUCCUACCUCAAAUGCUCAAGUGCACUAUAACAUCACGAAUGCUGAAGUUGAUUAUCGUCCGACAAUAGAUGAGGUGUCUUAUGUCGAUUUUGAUUCGCUUACGUUCCCUUCUAAAAAGCCGAAUGUUUGCAAUGAUUGCGUUUGCGGGCUUGGGAGAAAGACGAGAAUUGUUGGCGGCAAUGUGACCAGCGUUUAUGAUUAUCCCUGGUUAGUAAGCAUGAGUAAAAAAGGGACAUUUUACUGUGCUGGAAGUAUAAUAUCACGAAAGCAUAUACUUACUGCGGCUCACUGUUUGCAAGGAUUUGACAUUAGAACUAUUAAACUUGUUUUGAUGGAUAGCGAUCGAUCCUCAGUAGGCAGCAAUGCUAUAGUUCGACGUAUUAAAUCGGCAGUCAUUCACGAAAAUUUCCAUAGUUACACUUUUAAUAAUGAUAUUGCAAUCAUAGAGAUGGAUGAACCCGUAUCUGUGAAUGGCAUUGUACGAACAGCAUGUUUACCAGAAGACAACGUGAUUGAUUACACCGGAGCCAUCGCUACCGUAGUCGGAUGGGGUCGAACAGGGGAGACUAAGCCGGUAAGUGACGAAUUACGAAAGGUUAAUCUGCCAAUCUUAUCGCAAGAGGAAUGCGAUCAAGCUGGAUACGCGAAAAAUCGCAUCACCGAAAAUAUGUUUUGUGCCGGCUACAUAAUACAUCCGGAGGGAGCGGUAGAAGGACGGGACGCUUGUUUCGGCGAUAGCGGUGGCCCUUUACAUGUUAAAGGAAUUUAUGGACAGCUCGAAGUAGUAGUGGUGAAGUGGGGAAAGUCAGAGAUGGGAAGUCCAAAAGACUACAUUGCAUCUAACAAACUACAAAAGUCUAAAAUAUUGCCUCUAAUCGACGAGUUUAGUGAAGAUUUAAAGGAUGUACGUGGAAAGUGUAUGGACAUUGGUUGUGGUCCUGGAGAUAUAACAAAAGAUUUUUUGUUGCCAAAUCUUGGCUCAGAUGUACAAAUAAUUGGUACGGAUAUUUCGGAGAGCAUGAUCAAAUAUGCGAAUAAAACAUUUAAUGACAAAAAACGUCUCCACUUCGAAGUAUUGGAUAUUCAAACUAAAAAUCUACCUGAGAAAUAUAUUUCUGAAUUUAAUCAUAUAUUUUCGUUUCACACUUUGCAAUGGUGCAAUGACAUUCGGUAA